UGGCUCGGCUGAGGGCUGAGCCUGCUGCGCUCCUCUCGCCCAGUGCAUUGUGGUCUGUGUGCUAAAGGAAGCUGCUGCAGCGGAAUCUGAAGAAUUUGAGGUGUCCGCCAAGUCUGCUGCUCAUCGCUCUCUGUACUUCCAUCUACUCUGCAAGCCUAAACAAGGAGGAAAAAAUGUCUCAACCUGACAAAAUGAAGCAGGGGCAGUUCUCCAACCCCGAGACCCCGGGGUAUGUUGGAUUCGCCAACCUGCCUAAUCAGGUUCAUCGAAAAUCUGUAAAAAAGGGCUUUGAGUUCACCCUUAUGGUUGUAGGUGAAUCUGGACUUGGAAAAUCCACCUUGAUCAACAGCCUCUUCCUCACUGACCUGUACCCUGAGAGAGUCAUUCCCGGAGCAGCAGAAAAAAUAGAAAGGACAGUUCAGAUCGAGGCAUCCACUGUAGAAAUCGAGGAGCGAGGAGUGAAGCUCCGCCUCACUGUGGUUGACACACCAGGAUACGGAGACGCCAUCAACAGCCAAGACUGUUUCAGCACCAUUAUCAGCUACAUUGAUGACCAGUUUGAGCGCUACCUCCACGACGAGAGCGGCCUAAAUCGUAGACACAUUGUUGACAAUAGAGUUCACUGCUGCUUCUAUUUCAUCUCCCCACUCGGCCACGGCCUGAAACCACUUGACGUCCAGUUCAUGAAGGCCAUUCACAACAAGGUCAAUGUGGUUCCUGUCAUCGCUAAGGCCGACACACUCACCCUCAGAGAGAGGGAGAGGCUCAAGCGCAGGAUUCUCGACGAGAUCGACGAGCAUGGCAUCAAAAUCUACCAUCUUCCCGAUGCUGAGUCAGAUGAAGAUGAAGAUUUCAAAGAGCAGACGAGGAUCCUCAAGGCUAGCAUCCCAUUUGCAGUGGUAGGGUCCAACCAGCAGAUUGAGGCCAAAGGGAAAAAGGUCAGAGGUCGUCUGUACCCUUGGGGAGUGGUGGAGGUGGAGAACCCAGAGCACAAUGAUUUCCUCAAACUGCGGAUCAUGCUGAUAACCCACAUGCAGGAUCUCCAGGAAGUAACCCAGGACCUGCACUAUGAGAACUUCCGUUCGGAGCGCCUCAAACGGGGUGGCAGGUUGUCCUCCCAUGGUUACAUUCUGCCUCUGUCUCCUGCAAAGGGACCCGAGCCGGAGGAAAUGGACAAGGAUAUGAUCCUGCAGGAGAAGGAGGCUGAGCUGAGGCGAAUGCAGGAGAUGAUUGCCAAGAUGCAAGCCCAGAUGCAGAAACAAGGAGACGGAGAGGGAGAAGGCCAACAUGUGUGAAAGUGAUGGUAUUUGAGCCACUGCUCGAGUUUGACCAGAGAGAUGGAAAAGCUGUAAAGCUGCCUGGUCAUUGACUCCUCUUGCUUGCCACUAUUUUAUUAUUAUUAUUUUUGUAAUUUCAGCUCCACAUGGGAUCUGGAGUCUUUUUUUUUUUUUAAUGCAUACAGUAAAGUAUAUUCAACAGUGUUACAUUUAUAUAUUUACACACGGUUCUAUUUUUUUCUUUUCUUUUUUUUAAAUUGUACCACUUUAGAAGAAAUCGUUUACUGAAAUGAAGUCAUAUGACCAAUAUUUUAAAAUGCUUGCAUAUUUUAUAUUGGGAGAUAGUUAAUUUUUUUUCCCUUUUGUUUGCUGUUCAGAAAACCAAAGUAUUGCUGCUUCUAUGCGAAGACUUUAGUGCUGAAGCGUCUGUCGGAGCACAUGCUAACACAUGCUCUGUGAAGGAGUGUCAUUGAGAGAGAUAACUGUAGUAGCAGACGUAGCUGAAAAACCUCUUUUAUUCCAUUGUUACAUGACUGUGUCAAUGUUAUUCCUGUCAGGAGAAAACAUUAUUUAACAGUUUAUGAGUUCACCAUACAUGCUUGCCAUUAAAUGGGGCCUGUCCUGCUCAGUAUUGAUGUUAACCCGCUCAUGCGCAUGCGAUUCUCAACCCAUUAAAGAAUUACGAUAAAUUUUAGGGCAGUGUUUCAUCCAUUUGUGCUUUUAUCAGAUCGGUGUCAGUAUGUACAACUGCCUUCGAGUGUGGUUAAGCUCCUUUUGAUAUGAAUUAAACUGUGAUCCAUAACCUUUUAUAGUCUUCCCCAUACGCCAGACAAAUGAGGCGCGAGGCCUCUUUGGUGCUUUCACUUAACUAAAUGCAUUUAGUCCUUCAAUUGUGUCGUCCUCGGUGUAAAGUGAAGUCAUGUGACAGGAGCAGUGAGCGAGUUUAUUGGUACAGUGAGAUUUAAGAAGUUGAAACUUCUACCUGUCCCUACUGCUGAACGCUUUGUGGUUUUAGUGACCGCAGAGUUUAAAGGCGACCUGAUGAGGUCAGUGUAGCCAACGAUCCCCUCACCAGCCGAGAUGUGAGUUCUGACAUUCCUUUGUGCUGUUUGUACCUGACAGAUUUUGUUCUUGAUACAUAUAUUGUAAUAAAAGUUUUAUUAAGUAUCAAA